UUAAAAAAAAAAAAAAAUAAAGAUAUUUUUGAAGAAAAAGGACGAAUGAAGGAGUCGCCGGAACCGUCUAUAAAUUAGCGGCGAAUGAAACCGUCAUAACUUACCAAUUCAUUCACUCUCAUCCUCCACAUUUUCCUCAUCUUCUUCUUCGCUCUUCACCUCCUUAAUUUUCUCCCGCCGUCAAAGCUUGUAAUUUGUGCAUCGUUACUUGUACGGUAGCCAUGUGUGGAAUACUAGCCGUCUUGGGUUGCUCCGAUGACUCUCAGGCCAAAAGGGUCCGUGUCCUCGAGCUCUCUCGCAGAUUGAAGCACCGUGGCCCAGAUUGGAGUGGGUUAUAUCAGCACGGUGAUUGUUAUCUGGCGCAUCAACGUCUCGCCAUCAUCGAUCCUGCUUCCGGUGAUCAACCCCUCUAUAACGAAGACGAAACGAUCGUUGUAACGGUUAACGGUGAGAUAUACAACCACGAGCAGCUCCGAGAAAGCUUGACCGGUCACAAGUUCAAAACGGGGAGUGAUUGUGACGUUAUUGCCCAUUUAUACGAAGAACAUGGCGAAAACUUCAUCGAUAUGUUGGACGGGAUGUUUUCGUUCGUGUUACUUGAUACACGCGAUAACACUUACAUAGCUGCUCGUGAUGCUAUCGGGAUCACCUCGCUCUACAUUGGUUGGGGACUCGAUGGUUCUGUUUGGAUUUCGUCUGAACUGAAAGGUUUGAACGACGACUGCGAGCACUUUGAGGUGUUUCCGCCGGGCCACAUGUACUCUAGCAAAACCGGCGGAUUCCGGCGGUGGUACAACCCACCAUGGUUCUCCGAAGCUAUUCCUUCUACGCCAUAUGAUCCACUCGUUCUCAGGCAUGCAUUCGAAGACGCCGUGAUCAAGAGAUUAAUGACCGAUGUACCCUUCGGAGUUCUCCUCUCCGGUGGGCUAGACUCGUCGUUGGUCGCAGCUAUCACCGCCCGUCAUUUAUCCACUACAAAAGCUGCUAAGCAGUGGGGAGCUCAGCUUCAUUCCUUCUGUGUCGGCUUAGAGGGUUCACCGGAUCUCAAGGCAGCAAGAGAAGUAGCUGAUUAUUUGGGAACUGUUCAUCACGAGUUUACCUUCACUGUACAGGAUGGUAUUGAUGCAAUUGAAGAUGUAAUUUACCAUAUCGAAACAUACGAUGUGACAACAAUCAGAGCUAGCACACCUAUGUUCCUGAUGUCACGGAAGAUCAAGUCAUUGGGGGUGAAAAUGGUUAUCUCCGGUGAAGGCUCCGACGAGAUUUUUGGCGGGUAUUUGUACUUUCACAAGGCACCCAACAAGGAAGAGCUACAUCGUGAAACCUGUCGCAAGAUAAAAGCACUUCACCAAUACGAUUGUUUGAGAGCAAACAAGUCAACAUCCGCUUGGGGUUUGGAAGCUCGAGUCCCAUUUUUAGAUAAAGAAUUCAUCAACGUUGCCAUGAGCAUAGACCCUGAAGCGAAAAUGAUCAACAUGGAUGAAAAACGGAUUGAAAAAUGGAUUCUUAGACGGGCUUUCGACGAUGAAGAUCACCCGUAUUUGCCAAAGCAUAUUUUAUACAGACAGAAAGAACAGUUCAGUGAUGGAGUCGGAUACAGCUGGAUCGAUGGACUCAAAGCUCAUGCUGAACUCCACGUAACAGACAAAAUGAUGCUUAACGCUGCACAUAUCUUCCCUUUCAACACUCCAGUCACAAAAGAAGCCUACUAUUACAGAAUGAUCUUCGAGCGAUUUUUCCCUCAGAAUUCUGCAAAGUUGACUGUUCCAGGUGGAGCGAGUAUAGCUUGUAGUACUGAGAAAGCAAUCGAGUGGGAUGCAUCGUGGUCAAAGAAUCUUGACCCAUCAGGAAGGGCUGCAUUAGGGGUUCAUAACGAUGCGUAUAAGCAGCAGAAGGUGGCUUCUAUUGCUGCAGGGAAUUUGGCGACAAGUUUGAUUGAUGAUGUGCCAAGGACGAUGGAUAUCCAGGCUCCUGGGGUUGUGAUUCGGGGAUAAAAAUUGUUGUUAUUGUUGUAUAAUUAAGUAAAGUUAUUACGAGUUAGCACCAUAGCUUUUAUGAUAUGUUGCUGUAUUGUUAGGUUGUGGUUUGGUUUUAAUUGUGUGAUAAUAACUCGAAUGUAUCGUUGUUUAUAGACUCUCGUAACAUUUGAUGCAAUGUAUUUGUAGCUUUGUAAAACUUCGUUUCUUAAAGACAUUGUUUUUAGUA